AUGGAAGCGAGAGCCCUUGAGGAGUGUCUGGGGGCCGCCGGCCAAGGCUCCCUCCUGGGCAAGCGGGCGGGGAAGACGCUUUCCAAGCUCCCGGAUCGCCGCAGGCCGCGAGAGCCAGCCGGGGCUCGUCUGGAGGUGAGCUACACUUUUGUUUCCCCACUUCUGAGUGAUAAAACUCACUUCCCCUUUUUCUACAAGACAGUUCCCCAAGAAGGAAUCCAGUACCCAGCAAUUGUGAAAUUGCUGCAGCAUUUUAGAUGGACAAUGGUUGCUCUUCUUGUUGAUUCAGAUACUGACAAUGGAGAGCGAUUCAUGAGGAUCUUCACACCCGUGCUUGUCAAGAAAGGGAUCUGCGUUGUUUUCUCAGAAACAAUCUCAAGGAAAACAGUGGAACUGGACCACAUCCCUGGUCUUUUUCUCAAGUGGAGCCAAGUCAAUGUAUUUCUUUAUCAUGCUGAGAGUAUAGACUUUAUAGCUGGAAUCAAAACUGUACAACUGAUAUUUCAUUUACUGAACACAGCCAUGACAGGGAAAGUCUGGAUUGCAACAGCAUUGUGGGAUCUCACCUUGCAGUUGAUGUACACUAAUCUGCCUUUCAAGUAUACCCAUAGUAUUUUUUCCUUCCUUAUCCAGAUGGAUAAUAGGACAGUAUAUGGUCAUUUUGGGGUUAUUUACUCUUUCAUCAAGCAUUUUGUAACUGAAAAUUUUAACUGUUUAUAUACAAAGCAUGCCUUGUCCGUAAAAGGCUGGACAAGAUGCACUGAAAAAGAAAAAAUGGAGACCCUGUACCCAGGAGAAAUUAAAAUCAUCCUAUCCCUAGACAGCUACCGUAUUUACAAUACCGUCUGGGCUGUGGCACGAGCCUUAAAUGCUGCAUAUUUAUCCAGCUCCAAGAAGAUAAUGAGGGAGGGUAGACACAGAUUAGAAAGCCAAAGGCUGCAGCCAUGGCAGCCCCUGCCCCAUUCCAGAUGUGUGGAAAUCUGCCAUCGUGGCUUUGUCAAAGUGGUCCGGGAAGGAGAGCCACGUUGCUGUUAUGAUUGUAUUCUUUGCAUGGAAGGGACUGUCUCCACUCAGGAAGAUGCAGCACAUUGCACCAGAUGUCAGGAAGGUCAACAUCAAAAUGAGGGUCGAGAUCAAUGUGUCCCCAAGACCAUAACCUUCCUGUCCUAUGAAGAGAGUUUGGGGAUCAUCCUUGCUUCCUUUGCACUGUUGUUGUCCUUAGCCACAGGGUUUGUAUUAGGAAUCUUCAUUAAAUUCCUAGAAACUCCGAUAGUCAAAGCCAACAACCAGAGUCUCUCCUAUAUUCUCCUCAUCUCCCUCCUGCUUUCCUUCUUGUCCUCUUUCCUGUUCAUUGGCCGCCCAAAGAAAGCCACCUGCCUUCUCCGACAAAUGGUCUUCAGCAUCAUCUUCUCAGUUGCUGUCUCUUCUGUCUUGGCCAAAACAAUCACAGUGGUGCUGGCCUUCCUGGCCACAAAGCCAGGAAACAGGGUGAGCAGUUGGCUGGGGAAGACUUUGGCCAAUACUAUUGUUCUUUCUUGUGCUUGUGUUCAAGUGGUUAUCUGUGCCACCUGGUUGGGAAUCUCUCCUCCAUUUCCAGACUAUGACUUGAACUCCCAGCAUGGAGAGAUCAUCCUACAAUGCAAUGAAGGGUCCAUAGCUAUGUUUUAUAGUGUCCUUGGCUACAUGGGCUUCCUGGCUGCCAUCUGCUUUGUGGUGGCUUUCCUAGCCAGGAACCUGCCUGGAAUCUUCAAUGAAGCCAAGCUGAUCACCUUCAGCAUGUUGGUCUUUUGCAGCGUUUGGGUGUCGUUUCUGCCUACCUACCUGAGCACCAAAGGGAAAUACAUGGUGGCCGUGCAGAUCUUCUCCAUCUUGGCCUCCAGUGCUGGGCUGCUGGGCUGCAUCUUUAUCCCCAAGUGUUAUAUUAUUGUGGUGAGGCCAGAUCUGAAUACAAAAAGAUACCUAGCAACAAAAAUAAAAUUAUAA